GCUUGAGAGACUGUGGCUUGAAAGCUGAUCGCCAUAGGCUGAUCUUUUAUACUUUCACCAGCACUUUGUGUAUGGGGGGAGCUUUCUUCGGCAUUUCCCCGAAGCAUGGGUCCUUCUCUAAUUUAGAAGGUUAUUCCAUGUGUCGGUACUGUCUCUCCCCUUAAAGGCAUGUUAUGCUUUUUAAAAAUAUACAUGUAAAUACAGUAUUAACUGCAAAUAAAUGUGAAGCUUCUGAUUCCCCCAAAAUGAACGCAUCCGUUAAGGAUUUAUUGCUACAGAGUCUAUAUUUGAUGUUCAUUGCAUCUCGGUCACCAGGUAUACAUUUAGUAAGAGAAGUUUUAGUUUGUAUUUUGUGCUUUUUAGGGGACUACGUUUUUUAAAAUAAAUUGAGAAUUAGCCUUAUUUACUUUAUGAAUCUGAUUUUCAUCAUUAAAAGGUUUUAUUUUUUUCAUGCAUGACAGCAAUUUCUCAUUUCAUUUUUGGAAAAUCCUAGCAGCUUUCCGUCAAAUGAUUGAUUAGGAGAUUUUAAUUUAAGUUUUCUUUCAGACAUUUUUGAAUUAUAAGCAGCAUGCAUAUCCGUGCAGAGAGAAAGAGAGGAAGUGUGUGUGUGCAUGCGCAUUUGUUUUGUGGUUUACAGUGAUUUAAAAACUUGCUCCUAAGCAAUGUCUUCAAGGUGCAAAUUCAGCUCAUAAAGUGAGAAGGCAUUCUGUUGAGGAAAUCGUUUUCUUCGCUCUUUUGUUUUUGCUUUGUAUGUGUUUGGUACUCGCAAAAGAGAAGGCCCCUUCUGCUCUUCCCACAAGAGUGAGCGGGGCAGCAUUUCCUUCUCCCCGCGCUGCUGAGAUGGCGGAAAUUAGUCGAAUUCAGUAUGAAAUGGAAUACACCGAAGGUAUUAGUCAGCAGAUGAGGGUCCCGGAAAGAUUAAAGGUAGCGCCACCAAAUGCUGAUCUGGAGCAAGGAUUCCAAGAAGGAGCUCCGAAUGCUAGCGUCGUUAUGCAGGUUCCAGAGAGGAUCGUUGUGGCAGGAAAUAAUGAAGACAUUCCAUUUGCAAGACCAGCGGAUCUUGACCUUAUACAGUCAACUCCCUUUAAACCUCUGGCACUGAAAACCCCGCCUCGUGUACUAACCCUAAGUGAAAGACCGCUAGAUUUUCUGGAUUUAGAAAGGCCUCCUGCAACCCCGCAAAAUGAAGAAAUCCGUGCAGUUGGCAGGCUAAAAAGAGAGCGCUCCAUGAGUGAGAAUGCCGUUCGCCCAAACGGACAGCUGCUCAGAGCUGACUCAAUGUGGCACAGAUCAUAUUCUGCCCCAAGAAAUAAAAUGUCAAGGUUCCAGGCACCAAUUUCUGCACCGGAGUACACUGUGACACCGGCGCCCCAACAGGUCCGGGCCUGUCUUCCCCAAACAUUACCUGAAGGUGGAGCUAAUCUUCCCUCCGCUCGAGGCAUUUUGUCGCUUAUCCAGUCUUCCACUCGUAGGGCUUACCAGCAGAUCUUGGAUGUGCUGGAUGAAAAUCGCAGUGUGAGAAGACAAAAUGAAAUACGUUGUGAAAGACCCGUGUUGCGGGGUGGGUCUGCUGCCGCCACUUCUAAUCCUCAUCAUGACAACGUCAGGCAUGGCAUGUCACAUAUAGAUGCAACAAUUGAAGGAACUUCGGACGACAUGACUGUUGUAGAUGCGGCUUCAUUAAGACGGCAGGUAUGUUAAGCCACCAUUUACACAUUUUAAUCAGCGUAAAACGGUAUUACCAAAAUGGAUUGGUACAAUUCUGGCCACUGACAAAGACUCUCGGCAUUUUAGCCAACCAGCGUAGCCACUGGACUGCUUGUUUGACUUUUUGAAAUGUGGAAGUCACCUUGGGGACCUGUGGUACGAUGUUGGAGAGUUCCGCUUUGGAAGCCACUGCUUCCAGUUUGCGCAGCGCCUCUAUGAACAGAUUUCUUGUGUUCUGUAAUAAGUCCUGCCUUGGAAGUGCGGUUGCAUAUGCACAUUUUUAAUAUGCGGUCCCACGGCCUCUAGAAUCACACAGACACACACACGUGGAGAAGGCGCAGUCAGUGUUGUAAUUGUGUCUGUGCCGAAUAGGCGUAGAGGAGACGUGAAUGAAAGAAUUUCUAAGGUCAAGAAACUAAAUAUCUUAGCAUUAGAAUCAGUCAAUAUCGUUUUAAAGAUUCAACAUAACGAUAAUAUGAAACAAAUACUGCUUUUUUUAUCGUGAGUCUCGUUUAUUUACUAAAUGGAUGCUGUGUCAGAAGGUCUCACGCAUAUUUAUUUAUUUAUACCUCGCCUGCUGAAGAAAGGGAGUUUCUCUGGCAUUUGUCGUAGAAUUCACAGUCAGACCAACAACCUUGCUUUCUGAGAGUACAGCAGGAGCUUCGGGGUUGUAACAACAUCCAUUCGAUCCUUAGCUUAGAGGCUGAACUAGUAGCAGACAAAGAUCGAGUCAUUGUAAACAGGUCACACACGUCCUGUGACAAGUAGUAGAAAGCCAGGUGGGAAACCGAGCUUCUGAGACCAGGCGCAAGCACCGCAUCACGAGAAGGUUCUACAGAGUUCACAUCUGUGACCCCGGCGGCAGGGGAAGCUCCCUUGGUCCGUUGCCAAUUUGGAAACCCACCGGCCUGUACUCCAUUCAUCCAGGGAUGGGGAACCCGUGGGCCGCCUGGCUUCAAGAGAGAAAAUGUAAUCCACUCUCCAUAUUAAAAAGCGGCCUUGGUGUUGUUGCUGCCCAGAUAAAAAUAUCGUAACGACUCACGAUCAAUGCGUGUUUUUUUCAUUGACGAUAAGAUGGAUCGUUUAGUGUAAGAACACAGCAUCCCGUGGCACCAAAUAAGCCCCUCUCGUUGCGAGUGGUUGGGAAAAGGUGAUUAACUCUAAGCACUUUAUUUAUUUAUCUUUUUUUUACUGGCCCUAAGAGAAAAAUGGCUCCUCGGCACUGAUUAAAAAGUGACGUACCUUUCCGGGUUGUGAAAAUGGUUAUCUCUGCAUCACUGUCCGUAGACUCCCAUUCCCACCGCCCCCCUCCCACCCCUCCAGGUUGGAGUUCUCGGUCCUCAAAAUGCUAAGGGUUCCACAUUCUGUGAAAAUCUCUUCCUUCACCUUCUCUAACA